GGGUUGAAACGAAGAAACCUUCGGGUAAUUCGAGGAGUCCCAUCAAAAAUAAAAAUGAAAGUUAAAUUAAUAUUCAAUUACAUGAAGCUGCAAGCCAAAUUAAAGUUAAGAGUGGCAUCGAAACCAAGCUGACAGAGUGACAGAGGCCCAAUAAAGUUGCCUCGCUACUAAAACCACACCAUUUCUGGUUCUUGGUUUGGCUCCCGAGUUCAGACCCCUUUCAUCCGAGCACUCAACUCAGAUCCCAUUCCCAUUCUUUUCGUAUAUACUUUCCUGAUUCGUGAGGCCAGCCAGGGCAGUAGAGAUUUUGGGCAGAAAAUUGGACGGAAAGUUUGGUAGUUUGCUUGGUAGAGGGGAGUAGCCUCUUGAAUCAACUUACUCUUGUACUGUGUUUGUGUGGUUUUCUUACUGGGUUCCCAAUAAACAAAGGCAAACAAUGAAGAAUAAAGAUUUUGCAAAUGGGAGAAAUCAUGUUAGCAAGGAAAGCACAAAGGAAGUAGCAGUUAAUCACUGGGGGAAAAAGGUCAGAAUUAAUCCUUCAGAUAUAAUUUGGGUCAAGAACCGUGGAGGCUCGUGGUGGCCUGGACAGGUUGUUGAUGAGAAUCUCAUAAGUGAAACUAGUAAGCCAGGCAACAGAUCAGCGGGGGAAGUUCUUGUUAGGCUUUAUGGAACUUAUACUUAUUUGUAUGUCGAUCCAACCAAAUUUAUUUCUGAGUUCGACACAGUACUUAAGCAGAACAACAAUUCUCAUGGAAAAAUAUUUUUGAAAGCUUUGGCAUUGGAGGUUGCUUGCUUAAAAACUGGUGAAUCAAAGAAGCACAAAUCCAAAUCCGAAGAUAAAUCAAGAACCCAACACCGCAAUGGAGAUGAUCCGAGGAAAAACCUCAAGCGAAAUACCAAAAGCUCUACAGAAACUAAAAAGAGGAACAGUGAAAAACAAAACGUUAUGAAGAAAAAACCUGAGAAAAGCAGUCAAAGCACCCCAGAUGCCACAAGUAAGAGUACACCUAAGCAUGAUGAGAUGCAUAGCAAGAAAAGGAAGCUACCUAGUACAAGCCCUGAUACAACCUCGUCUGCCAAGUCUCAAGAAUUGAGUUCGCGAAGAAUUAAAGUGAUGCGAAGUCUUGGCCUGGCUGCUCCUCCUGGUUCUCCAUUUUGCAGAAAUGGACAACAUUUUACAUAAAGCCUCUGGUCUGGUGGAUUAAUAUUGGAUUUAGCCCAAUAUUUUUAAGGGUAAAUACCAUUUUGUGCAAAAGUUACUCAUGGGAUCUUCUAUUUUGUUAAAUGAUAAUUUGGACUUUGCA